GUGGAACUCCUGCACGUAGCUUCAAAACAGCACUUUAUAAUAAUCAGUGUCACCAGGAGACAAGAGAGGAGGAGCGUACUGCCCAACUAUAUAAGCCCUAAAACCCAGUCCCGUCUGAAUCUGUGACUCCUCUUCACCUCUUCAUCUCCUCCCUUUCCAAUCUGCCCCAUCACUCCGUCCGGUGAGAGGGUUUGCAGAGUUUCAUCCAGCUGUAGACUAUCUAUCUCCCUCCUGGACUGAGGGGCUCCUCACAUCUUAACAAUUCCACCGCUCUGACAAUAUCUACCUACGUCUUGUAACUUUUUGACGGUUUUCUUGGGACGCGGCUCAAGAUGCCAGAGCCCACAAAAAAAGAUGACACUCCAAAUGGCCAGCCAGAGGAGGCAGUAACAGAGGGGAAAGAGCCAUUAGAGACUGAUGGGAAGAAACCAGAGUCCACAGAGCCUGAGCCAUCACAAGCAGUGGUGGCUCAGAAGCUCAACACCGCUGAUAGUUCUUCAAACCAACAAGAACCUAGUGGUGUUGGGGUCAAAGAGCAUGCAGAAUCCACGGACUCUGUUGUUAAGGAUGAGGGCACUAGCUCUCCUGCUCCAAAUGAGGAUGGCUGUCCAACCAAGAAACUCUCAAUUGACUUGCCUAAUGACAGUGAUCCUGUGUCUUCCACGGGGAGGAAAGACUCAGUGUGGUCUCUGGGAGAGGGACAGCCCCCAGAGGACGUGGACAAGCCAGUCGACAAUCCACCACUGUCCACACUGCUGAUAGAGAGCCCCCAGAGUGGAACUGUUGCUGUGGGUGGUGACAUUACCUUUGUGGCUAAGGUAGAAGCUAAGGACCUUCUCCGUAAACCGACUGUCAAGUGGUUUAAAGGGAAAUGGAUGGAUCUGGCCAGCAAAACUGGGAAGCACUUGCAACUUAAAGAGAGCUUUGAGCGAGUGACCAAGAUCCACACUUUUGAGAUGCACAUCAUCAAAGCCAAGGAAAACUAUGCCGGAAACUACAGGUGCGAGGUGACCUACAAGGACAAGUUUGACAGCUGUUCCUUUGACUUGGAGAUUAAAGAAGAAGAAAAGGGUCAACAUAACAUAGACAUUCGCUCAGCUUUUAAGAGAAGCAGUGAAGGACAAGAAGAUGCAGGGGAACUUGACUUUAGUGGUCUCCUUAAACAUAGAAAUCAAAGGGAGCACAAACAGCAGGACGACACUCCAGAGGUGGACGUUUGGGAAAUCCUGAAAAACGCCCGGCCAGAUGAAUACGAAAAGAUUGCCUUUACAUAUGGCAUCACAGACUUAAGGGGUCUUUUGAAGAGGUUGAAAAAGGCCCCAAAAGAGGAAAAGAAGAGCGCAGCUUUUGCAAAGAGGUUGGACCCAACAUACCAGGUGGACAAAGGUGGGAAGAUUCGCUUGGUGGUUGAACUGGCCGACCCCACGGUUGAUUUAAAGUGGUACAAGAACGGACAAGAAAUCCGACCCACGCCCAACCAAAGGAAGUACAUAUUUGAACAUAAAGGGACACAGAGGAUUAUGGUGAUCAACAACUGCUCAAGCAAUGAUGAUGCAGCGUAUUCAGUGGUUGCAGGAGAAGAAAAAUGCACGACAGAGUUGUUUGUCAAAGAGUUGCCGAUCACAAUUGUGAAGGGGAUUGAACCCGUAAAGACCACAGUGAAUGAGAGGAUUGAGCUGGAAUGUGAGGUGUCUGAGGAAGGCGCUCACAUCAAAUGGUUGAAGAACGGUGUUGAGGUCCCAACAGGAGUGCGGUCCAGAUACCGGGUUAAGAGUGAAGGAACCAAACACUAUUUGGUGAUUGAUGAUGCCUCCAGAGAAGACACAGGGACGUAUUCUGUAAUGGCCACCGGGGGCGUGUCAGAGGCUCAUGUUCAAGUUGAAUUGAAACCACUUAAGGUGUACCAGGACUUGCAGGAUAUAACAGUGAAGCUUGGACAACCCCUUAAGCUACACUGUGAGAUCUACCCGGGAAAUGUCCCUGGCCGUUGGUACAGGAAUGGACAGCUCAUCCAGCCCAGCGAUCGCAUUAAUAUCAUACACAGAGCCAAGGUUCACCGACUGGAAAUUGAAACCAGUUCACUUCACGAUGCAGGAGAUUACACGUUUGUACCAGAGGGGUACUCACAGAGUCUAUCUGCCAAAGUUCACAUCAUUGACCCUCCAAAAGUACAUUUGGAAAGCUUGAACCUACCAGACAACACAGUUACGGUCGUGGCAGGAAACAAACUUCGCUUAGAGGUUCCCAUCAGUGGAGAGCCAGCACCCAGAGUGGUGUGGAUGAAGGGAGAAAGGGUCAUUCUUGACUCGGGCCAUCGUGUCCGAGCUGAAACAUAUGGCGACCAGACGAGCCUCACGAUUGAGGUCACUGAGCGUGAGGACACGGGCAACUACAAAAUGGUUUUGCAGAACGAGGCCGGUGAGGCUACAGCCAGUGUCAAAAUCAAGGUUGUCGACAUUCCUGAUCCUCCGGAUGCACCCUUGGUACCAGAGGUGGGAGGUGAUUGGUGUUCCAUGACUUGGGAACCACCAAAAUACGAUGGAGGUUCACCAAUAUUAGGAUAUUUCAUUGAGAGAAAAAAGAAACAGAGCUCCAGAUGGAUGAGACUGAACUUUGACCUGAUCAAAGAAACUUCGUUUGAACCCAAAAAAAUGAUUGAAGGAGUGCCAUAUGAAGUGCGAAUCUUUGCCGUCAAUGCCAUUGGAGUAUCUAAACCCAGUGAGCCAUCCAAAGCUUUUACUCCUCUUGCUGUGACCAGUGAGCCAACAAUGCUGGUGGUGGACGAUGUCACAGACAACACAGUGACCGUAAAGUGGCGCCCGCCUGAAACCAUAGGAGCCGCUGGAUUGGAUGGAUAUUUGGUGGAGUAUUGCAUUGAAGGAAGCAAUGACUGGAAAGUUUCCAACAAAGAACUAACAGAGAAAACCAAGUACACCAUUACAGGACUAACUCCGGAGAGUAAAAUUUUAGUUCGAGUCAGAGCCAUCAAUAAAGCUGGAGCCAGUCCUCCACGGACUCUGCAACAUGCAGUGCUGGUCAAGGAGGUUGUUGAACCACCCAAGAUCCGGGUACCAAGACACCUGAAACAAACAUACACUCGCAAAGUUGGAGAAGCAGUCAACCUGGUGGUUCCUUUCCAGGGCAAACCGAGGCCCAAGGUCACUUGGAUGAAAGAAGGCCAAGCCAUUGAACCUUCGCAUGUUAGCAUUCGCAACACAGACUGUGACAGCAUCAUCUUCAUUCGUAAAGCAGAGCGGACUCAUUCUGGGAAGUAUGACAUGACAGUGCAAGUGGAAAAUCAUGUGGACUCAGCCAUUAUUGACAUACAGAUUGUAGAUUUACCAGGACCCCCUCAGAGUGUAACUAUUGAAGACAUAUGGGGAAGAAAUGUAGCUUUGGUCUGGACUCCACCAAAAGACAAUGGAAAUGCUCCAAUAACAGGCUACACUAUUCAAAAAGCAGACAAGAAGACAAUGGAAUGGUACACAUGUAUUGAGCAUUACCAUCGCACCUGUAUUACCAUCACAGACCUGGUGGUUGGAAACGAGUACUACUUCAGGAUCUUCUCUGAGAAUAUGUGCGGUCUCAGCGAAAAUGCUACUCAAACCAAAAAGAGUGCACUCAUUGCCAAAGAAGGUUUGCAGGUGAAAAUCCCAGAGUACAGUGACCACGACUUCAAGGAGCCGCCCAAGUUCACACAGCCACUCAUCAAUACUUUUGCCAUCGCCGGCUACAACGCCACUCUGAACUGUAGUGUCCGUGCCAACCCAAGGCCUAAAGUAAUCUGGAUGAAGAACAAAAUAGCCAUCAUUGAUGACCCUCGCUACCGCAUGUUUAGCAACCAAGGUGUCUGUACUUUGGAAAUCCGGAAGCCCAGCCCUUACGAUGGCGGCCUGUACACUUGUAAGGCCGUCAACGAUUUGGGAGAAGCCCAAGUUGACUGCAAGCUGGAGAUCAAAGUCCAAACUCAAGAAUUGUGAAUGUAUGUUCUCAUAUAAAUAAGGAGGCUUUACCUUCUACGAGCUCAUGCAACGUGGAGUACCUCUUCACCUGAUUGAUAAGUACAUGAACGAGUCGAAGAUUGUCGAGGAAGAGAAGUGAAAGUGAACAAUUAAACUUUGUGUAAAUGUUCACACCUUCUGGACUCAGCUAGUGAAGGGUGGAAUACUGGAUGUGGUAGAGGGCGGAUUGAUCUGUGGUUUCGCUUGUUGAGUUCAGCUUUUGAUCUUUGUUACCACAGAAAAGCCUUCUUUCCUCCUUGGACACACCGCUAUGUUUUGUUGUUGUUUUUUUUUGUUUUUUUAAAAGAUCAAUUUUAAUGUGCGCUAUUAGUGCUUUGGUUGUAGUAUUACUAAGAACAUGUGCGUAAAGAGAAAAAAAAAAUACUUAUGGAUGCAAAAUAAUACAUUGUGCAAAUGAAAACACACCUGCAGUAUUUGCUAGACUUUUUGAAAAUAUUUGAAAGUAGUGACAAUUUUCUGCUGGUAUCUUGAACAUGGAAGGAGGUUAAAAAAAAACAAUAAAUAAACAGUCUUGUUUGGUUUCCUUUAUGCUGCUUACAAACCUUGACUUGAGUCAUAGUUGAUGAAAGUAAAUCUGAUUUACAGUCAAUAUUCUGCAUGUAAGUAUUGAUUCUAAAUUCAUGGUAAACUGAAGUUUGAUCAAUUCAUUCACAUGUGCAUGCUGUCACCUUUGUAAUUAUGACUUUCGAAUUAAAAGAAGCUUCAAUUUAAA